AUGGAGGAUCUCAAUUACAUCUUCUCCCAUCUCCUAUUCCUGAUCCUAAUCCUACUUCAUCUUCUUCAUAGUCAUCCCUCAUCAGCAUCAUCAUACAACUGCCCAACUUCCUUGUGUGGUGCAACUCCAUACUCUGUUCACUUUCCCUUUCGUAUGAUGGACCAACAAGCAGACGUGUGUGGCUAUCCGGGAUUCGAUCUUGAAUGUAACAGCCAAAACAGCGUGACAUUAAAGCUUCCGAAUUCAGGAGAGUUUUUGGUACGAAACAUCGAUUAUCGAUCUCAAAUUGUGCAAGUUUAUGAUCCAUCAGGAUGUUCUGCUGACAGGCUUUUGAGUUUGGACCUGUCGGGUUCACCAUUUUCAGUCUCCCCAAUCCGAAACUACACUCUUUUGAGCUGCCCGGUUGAACUCACAACCUCUCGUUUCCCAAUUCUCUUGCCAGAUCAUUGGUUCUUUAUGGAGUCCGGUAUCAAGGGCGGGGCUUGUGGCUACACAAAUACCACUAUGGAAGAAGUUGCAUGCUUCGAUAUUACCAAAAAGGGAAGUAAAAAAGCAAUGAUGGCAUUGAUAAUCGUCUCCAUCGGCCUAGCUCUACCAGCCAUAGGAAUCUCCAUUCUCAUGAUAUACUACAUCUGCAUUGACUACAGAAGUGUAGCCACAUGGAUUUCAAGAAACAAUGCAACACCAGCUACCGCCAUGGUGACGCCAGAAACCAGCGCCAUUAGCCGUUUGGUGGCGGGUCUGGAGCAGUCGACAAUAGAGUCGUACACGAAAGUGGUUUUAGGGGAAAGCAUGCGUCUUCCAGGAUAUGGACAUGAAGAUGCAACAUGCUCGAUAUGCUUAUCUGAAUAUGAUGUUAAAGACAUGGUUAGAUGUAUACCAGAGUGUAGACAUUGCUUCCAUGCUGACUGUAUUGAUGAGUGGCUAAGGAUGAAAGGGAAUUGCCCUGUUUGCAGGAAUUCACCUUCUCCCCCUCCCUCACUUAUUAUAACAACUUAA